AUGGACAGAGCUCAAGAUUUUAUUAAAAAGUGCCUUUUCACAAAGAAUUUCGAUGAUCCAAACAAGCCUAUAGCUGAAAAGAGACUACAGGAGACAUUACUGCUACUGCCCACAGACGGAGGGAACUCAUCCAGACUGAAACGAACCAAGAGUGCAUUGAAGAUUUCAGCUCAUAAUUUACAGAACAUAACCGAAAAACCUCAGAAGCAUUCGAACUACCGUACAAUAAACAAGAACUCUAAGAGUGCUCUCAAGGAGUACAUCGUAAAAUGCCAAAAGAAUACAAAAAAAGCACAUAGCAUUGCUCAUGAACAGAGCUUGACUACAAGAGACUCCUUGAAUGACUACAUCCAAGAAAAAGAGCCGCAAUUAUGGGUCUCGUUGAUACAAUAUGACAAGUUUUUGCCGAUGUACGAAAAUCUAUGGCAAGGAUAUAUACGAGAAGUAUUGGAUAUUCCGCUUGAAGUUCCUGACCCCUCGAAGCUUAAAAUCAAUACAUCUUCUGCGCUGAUGAAACUAUCUAUGGCAGAUUAUAAUGGUGCUGUUUUAAAGGUGGUUAAAUGUAUAAAUCACAAUAUGAUUGGCAUAGAAGGAAUUGUCAUUUGGGAUAGCCAAAAGAACUUCAUCAUGGUUACAAAGGGUCGACUAGUUGACGCGAUAAAAAUUAUCCCGAAGAAAGGCUCCAUUUUUGACCUCGAAAUACCACUGAAUGAGGAAGAUGCUCUGUUGUAUACAAUAGUUGGCGAUAGAUUCCAGUAUAGAAGUAGUGAUCGUGCGGGAAGAAAAUUCAAAAGCCGCAGAUGUGAUGAUUUAGCAUUUUAUAUCCGUGAGAAGUAG